ACCGCCAUCUUUUCCAACCGUGCCGAUACGGUAAUUAUUUUGCGGUGGUAGAAUAUUUCACUUAAAAAAAAAUUCAUUAAAAAUGGCAGAUAAUUCAAGGAACAGAUCUCGGAGUCGCAGCAAUGAAAAUCGAAGAGGUGGUAAUGGUAAUGCCAUCAAUGGCAAUAGAAAGUUUGACGGAGGGGAGCGUACCGAAUUACGGAUUAUAAUCCGUGCAAAAGAUGCCGGAGCUGUUAUUGGCAAAGGUGGAGAAAAUGUGAAGCGCUUAAGACAAGAGUAUAAAGCCAGCAUUACUGUUACUGACAGCAGAACUCCUGAACGAUUGAUUAUAAUAAAUGCUGAUGAAGAGGGCUUGAUAGGAAUCGUUACAGAUGUUGGAAAGGCUCUGUUUGAGAAUGCAAAAGAGCGAUCGCGGAAUGAUUUAGAUGACCUUGUGCUCAAGUUUCUCAUACACAACAGCCAGGCUGGUUGUGUGAUUGGCAAAGCAGCUUCUAAACUGAAGGAGUUGAAGCAGGAACUGAAAGUAGACCUUAAGGUGUUCCCUGAUUGUUGUCCAAGAUCGUCAGAGAGAUUGAUCAGAGUCACAGGGAAGCCAGAUCUCAUAGCAAAGGCCAUGGUUCACAUAUUGUUCAUGUUGAAGAAUUGGCCUCCCAAAGGACUAAUUGACUACUAUGACCCAUCCAACUGCGACGAAUCCAUGAUUGGUGAGUAUGGUGGCUAUGGCAUGGAUGAUGAUGAUGAUGAUGACAGACAGAGAGGUGGCAGAAGGUUCCAGAGGGACAGGAAUGGUGGAGGCAGAAGAGAUAGUUACAGUGACAGAGGAAGAGACAGAGAUAUAGAUGGCAGAAGAGGAGGAGGAGGAUAUGGAGGCAGAGAGAGAGGAAGGGAUAGGGACAGAGACUUCAAUCCUAGAGACAAUUACAAUGGUGUAACUCAGCUAUUGAACAGUGUGAGGACAACGCAGCAAGUCAGCAUCCCUGCCGAGCUUGCCGGAGUGAUAAUAGGCAAGUCAGGGUCGAACAUAAGGAGGAUAAGAAAUGAGACAGGGGCAGAGGUCGAUCUCGAUGACGCUGGUGGUGGUCAGAACGAUCGUGUCAUCACCAUUCAAGGUACACCAGAGCAGAUAGCCGGUGCCCAGUAUCUUCUGCAGAUGAGCGUGAAACAACAUCUUGCCAAGAAUUCGUGAAGGAAGAAAGAAAAAAGGAAGGAUUGGUUGUCGUUUGUUGUAGGUAGAAAGAUAAUAUAUGGUGCCAUGUGCUAACAUGUCACUGUUCGUUCGUUUGAUUGACAUGUUUAUCAUUAACCUCCACGGCCUCCUAUUCUCCCGCCACAUUCUAUUUAUAUAUCUCUUGUCAUUAUCGUCAUCAUUGUCGUCAUCGUCAUCUUCACUGUAUCAUUUUGUUUUUAUUAUUAUUGAUAUUAUUAUUAUUAUUCCUUGCCCCAUUUUAUAUUUAAAAUAAGAGUCUGACGGCUUUUUUAUGACUGAUAUAUGAUGUAUAUUGUAAAUCUUUGUUGACUGAUUACAUCUUUCAUGGCCAUUUGGUUUAGGAACCAUUGUAUAUCUGUGUUGUUUUUUUUUAUAUAAAGAAGUAUGUUUGGUAUCAAAACUGACCGAGUUGCUUGAAUGACGCAUGGUUGUUGUUUUUAAUCUUUUCAAAUAUUCGUAUUUUAAUGUAAUCAAACUGCGUCAAAGAGUGAAUAAUAUGUUUUUAAUGUUUCUUCAGAGAAAAAUAACAUAAAAUUUUGUUUCGAUUAA